UUUAUUGAUUUUAUUUUUUAAUUUUCAUACUCUUGUCAGUUGUGUUGCGUGUAUGUAGGUUGUGUUUUACUUGGCUUAAAACAAAAUAAUACGCAAUUACACACGGAUUGAAUAUUUUAGGAAUUAAAAAAUUUAUAUAAUUGAUUGCUUUCUAAAAUAAACCAAAAACGAAAAAAAAAAUGUCGGUAUUAAAAAUUGUAUGUUCUACCAAUGAAGAUGAUACUAAAAUCCUUUACAUGGAUUCACCGAAAAAUUUUCAACAGCUAAUGAGCUUUAUUGAAGAAAAUUUCAAAAUUGAAAAUGCAUUUAAUGAGUUUUCAUAUUAUAUUUAUUGGAUUGAUGACGAAAACGACGAGGUGGAGAUAAAUAACAACUAUUCUUUUGAUAUGUUUUGCCGAUUUUCUUCGAUACAAAAGUUGUUCGUAGAAAUCACUGAUUUGUCUGAUGGACAAAAAAAUGAAAAAAUUCAAAACUUGAAUGAAACGCAAGAUGAUAAUAAGAAAAACAAUGAAGAAAGUGAUGAAUUUUGUGAAACUGUGCAUACAGGGGUUACAUGUGAUGAAUGCAAUGUUUCACCAGUUAUCGGUUUUCGUUAUAAAUGCUUAGAAUGUGAAGAUUACGAUUUGUGUGGUGUUUGUGAAAAGAACAAUGUACACAGUAUUCACAAAAUGAUUCGUUUGUCCAAUAAGAUACCAAAAUGUGAAGAUUUUUCUUUUGAAACCAGUUCACCAACGAACGAUUUCUGUACAAUUGAAGAUCAAUCAUCAAAGAAAAAUGAAUCAUCAUCUUCAAGACAAUAUAAGCAUGAUGAAAAUAGGGAAAAUAAAAAUCAUAAGAAAACUUCUAACCCAGGUUUGUUUGCAAAUUUAUUUCAAAUGAUGUCUGGUAUGGCUGAAGGAGAAACUUCUGCUAAAAAUUGUGAGAAUUCAAAUGAAAAAAAUGAAAAUAAUUUAAACCGUGGUGGGAAAAGCAGUAAUGGAAAUAAUGAAAAUAAUCCAAAUGAUAAUAAUGAUAAAAAUAAAUACAAAUUUAGCUACAGGUUUGGUUCUGAUAAUGAGUAUAAGGGUAAUGGUUUUAGCUAUGGUCAUACAGGUGGCACUGGAUAUGGUUAUUGUUCUAAUAGUAAUAGUACUAAUAAUAAUAAUAAUGGAUUUCGGCCUAAUGUUAGGGCAUUUGGUUUCACAAACCUUAACAAUUCCAAUCAAUCUUUUAAUCACUUUGCAAACGUUAAUGGAAAACCUAUCGAUCCAGAAAUACUUAAAACUGGAGUAAAUAUAUUUACAAAUUUUGGUGAAAAGAUUUCAACUAUUAUAGAUUCAGCUAGUGGUACUGUUGAAGUAGAUGUUAACGGAUCAAAGACAACUUUCAAAACAAAGAAAGAAUUUAAAAAUAUUUUUGAUCCAAAAAAUAUGGAAGAGCAAGAGGAUAACAAAAACAAACGUGAAGAAAAAACUUCAAAUGAAAAUGAAGAAAAUACUAAUGGAUGUACUUUUAAUAAUUCAAAAAAUUCUAAAGAGCAAGAAAAUGACGACAAUAAUGAUGAUUCAAUUAAUUUGAACAGCUCUAAGCUCGAUAAUGCAAAUGAAUUCGUACCAUUUAAUAUAAAAACAUUUCCCUGUAGUUAUAAAUUUAAGCUAACCACUGAUGAUAAUAAUCCAGUAUCGGUAGUUUUAGAAAGUAAUACACCUGUAGAGGACAAUGCAGAUAGAAAAAAAAAUGUUACGACCAAAUGCAUUUAUCAUGAAAAACCUCAUAUUAAUGAUUCAAUCAUCGCUAUGAUGGACAUGGGAUUCAGUAAUAAGGGACAAUGGUUGACUUAUUUAUUAGAAUCAGUGAAUGGUGAUAUUUCGCAAGCUUUAGAUUUAUUGAAAUCUUCAAAAUAUGUGAGCAAGAAAAUGGCUACUGUAAAAAUAGUUUUACAAUCUCAAGAAUUUGUUCGAGUUCUUUAUUCUAAGUCUCUUGAAAAUUAUUCUGAUUUAAAAAAUUUAUUACAAAAAAAUAUUGAAAAAGAUUUCAACAAGAAACUAUAUUGGAUUGAUAAUAAUGGAGAUCGAGUUGAAGUAUUUAAUGAGACAUCAUUUAAUAAGUUUAUUCAUUUAUCUUCAGAAAAAAUAUUAAUUGUAAACACUGGAAUAAGUUUUAAUAACUUAACAAACAGCAAUGUUUCAAGGAAUAUAAAUAAUAAUAAUAAUAACAAUAAUAAUAACAAUAACCAUUGCUUUUAUCGUCGUCAUAUUAUAAAUAACAAUAACAACAAUAAUAAUAAUGGUUACGUGUAUGGACGUAGAAUAAAUAAUAAUAACAAUUGUAAUGGCUCCCCGUAUAAUAGAAAACACAUUGAUAAUAAUUCCAGUAUCACUAAUAAUAAUAAUAAUUAUAACAACAAUAACAACAACAAUGGCUGGGGCUAUUCAUUCUGUAGCAGAAAUAAUUCUUCAGGGAUGAUAUUUACCUCUACUAACAACAACAACAAUAAUAAUAAUAAUAAUAAUAAUAACAACAACAAUGGAGAAACUGAUUACAGUUUUUUGUACGUUAAUAAUAAUAACAAUAUAAAUAGCAAUGAUCAUGAUGAUGAUUUUAUAUGCAUUACUAACAAUAAUAAUAAUGAUUGUUCAGUUGCUAGUAUCACUAACAACAAUAAUAAUAAUUGUUUUGAUUUCGGUGAGCCUAGUUUUAUUGACAUUGAACAAUCUAAUACUGAUAAUUUGGAUCCUGUUAAUAUUACAGUAGACAUUGCUGUUACUAGAAAUAAUACUACUACUAAAAAUAAUGAAAAAAAGGAGUCAAAUCUAAAUGAUUUACCAAAAUUUGAUUCAGAUGAAUUGAUUUCUAUUGAAGAUAAUUCUGAUAUUGCAGACUCUAUUUCUUUAAUUAAUGAUAAUGAUGAUGAUGUGGAAAUUGCUGAACAAGCAAAUCCUGAAGAUGAAUCAAAUUCAGAAACCAAUCAAAUGGAAUGGAAUGGCAAUGAGGAAAUAAAUAAAAAUCAGAAAUCAAAUUCUUCUGUUGAAGUAAACAGUGAAUCUAAUCAAAAGGAUUUCCAAAUUGAAAAAAAUGUUCAAAAUAUUCAAAAGAAUACAAAGUUGGAUAAUAUUAAAUAUAUUGAUGCGAAUACUACAUACCAUAAGAAGUCACACAUUAAUAAUGCAAUUAUUGCAAUGAUGGCAAUGGGUUACCGAAAUGAAGGAAAAUGGUUAACUUACUUAUUAGAGUCUGUUGACGGGAACAUUAAUGAAGCACUUAAUUUGUUACAACCCGUAAAACAAAAUUAAUUUUAUGAAAAAUUAAUUAAGGCAAUAUUUAAAUAUGUAAUUUUUAAUUACUUUUUUUUUAUGAAUUCUUUUUUCUUUUAGUUUUAUUUUAUAAUUUUGUAAAAGAUUUAAAUAAAUUUUAUUUGCAAAUAUUAAUAUAAGACGAGUUAAGUUGACAAAGGGGUUAAUUUAACAUUUUGACGAGAAUCGAGCUUUUCGAAUAGAACAUCAUUAAAUUUCAUAUAUUUUCAACUGUGCUUUCAUAUAUUUUCAACUCUUAUAGCUAGAAACUUAAUAGAAGACGAGAUUGAUCGUGCGCAUAGGAAAUAAGAAACAAAAAAAUUAAUAGUUUUACAAUUUGUUAAUGAAAAAAUGUGUCACAAUGCAAAUGUAAGUCAAUCCCUUUGUUCACUUUCCGCUUCAACUUCAACAUAAUAUUUACAUAUUAUUCAGAUAUUAUUCAGAUAUGUACAUAUAAUAUUAACGUAUAUUUUGGCUUAAAAUUAGAUUAAUUUGAAUUGAAUUUUGUCUUAAGAAUUAAAAAUGUACUUUUUUAUCUAUUUAAGAAUAGGGUGCAAUUGUGAUAUUAUACAUAAUGGUGCAUUCUUUUGACAUCGUUUAAGACCUCCUGUACAAUCUCUUUUCUAUAAGAAGGAUAUUAAUUUUCUUGUUAAUGAUUUUAUUAUUAUUGAUAAAACCAAUGAUAUUUAGCACUUUUCGAGUGUUUAAGUCUUUUUGAUUUCAAGAAUUUUUAUGUCAUUUGACACUGAAAAAUCCCAAGGAAAUAAAAAGGAAGAUAUUGAUUUUGCAAUAUAAAUUGAAAAAUAAUAUAAAUAUGUAAAAUGAAAUUGAAUGCAUUUUGAAUUGCUUUAACGUAAUCUUUACUAUUAUAUAAAAGGAAGUUUAAAUUUAA